AUUGAGGGUGAAAAACAAAAUAUGUUGGGUGAAGUUAUCAUGCACUUCAUACAGCUAUUAGCCUGUCCUCACCGUCCCCGCAGUGCCGUCCCUCGCUCGCCCUUUAUUACUAAACGGCCUGUUCUUUCAGCACUCAUACUCACGCCAUUAGUGGAAGAGAAGAGACACGGAGAGAGAAAGAAGAAGAGAUCGACGCAAUCAAUGGCUUCCCCUAAACCAGUUUUGCUGGCUGCCAUCGCCCUUGCCCUCCUGGCCACCUGCAUCGCCCAGUCACCCGCCGCCUCCCCAACGGCAUCGCCACCCACCCCUACCGCCACCCCUCCCCCCGCUUCCUCUCCUCCUCCCGCCGCCACACCGCCCCCGGCCACUCCUCCUCCCGUCGCCACUCCUCCCCCCGUAGCCACUCCUCCUCCCGUCGCCACUCCGCCCCCCGUAGCCACUCCGCCACCCGCUACCCCUCCUCCUAUGGCCACUCCGCCGCCCGCCACCCCACCCACUGCGGCGCCUCCUCCCUCGCUCCUUCCGCCCUCCAACUCCCCUGCUCCUGCCACAGCGCCACCCACUCCUUCUCCGUCAGCGUCGCCUGGUACCUCCCCCCCGUCCCCGAGCUCUUCGCCUAGUCCUACUGCUCCAGCUUCAGUACCGAGCCCCAGUACCAGUCCGUCCGACAACGGUAACUCAGGAGUCGUGCACGACGUCAGCAUUGGGCUUGUGGCUCUGUUCGGGGCAGUUGCAUUGCUUCUGUAGGGAGAUUAGUCUGAGAGAGAGAGAGAGAGAGAGAGAGAGAGAGAGGAGGGAGAGAGAGAGAGCGCUGUUUAUUAUUGGUUUAAUUUGAUUUUCGAUCUUUCUUUUGGUUGAAGCAUUCUAUGUAUUAUCUGCUGUAAUAACUCUACAUUUCUGUUCUUUCCACUUUACUCUAUUUUUUAGUGAUGCAUUUUUCUUAUUAUCA